AUCCGGAGGGAGCCGCCUCCGUCGGCCCCCCGUGUCCGGGCAUACGCCGACAAGCAGCGCGUCGCGUCGGCGGACGAACAACAUGAUGGACCUCUUCGAGACCAACGCGUAUCUGUUCGGGGACCUGCGCUACCUGGAGGCCGACCACGGCGCCCUGCAGCAGCACCUGGGCCCGCAGGGCGUGUCCCCGCUCUACCCGGGUCACCACGGCGACCCCCUGCCGCCCCCCGGCAGCCAGCACGACCCCCUCCGCCUCCGCCACAGCGUCCCGUCCGCCGCGGGGGGCACGGAGGAGGACGAGGAGGAGGAGGACGACGACGACGACGACGACGACGACGAAGACGGCGAGGAGGGGGACGGAGGCGCCGAGAGCAGCGGCGGGGACGAGGGCCACGCCAGGGCCCCCCCGGGGCUGCGGCCCCACUGCGAGGGCCAGUGUCUGGUCUGGGCGUGCAAGACGUGCAAGAGGAAGUCGGCGCCGAGCGACCGGCGCAAGGCGGCCACGCUGCGCGAGCGGCGGCGGCUGAAGAAGAUCAACGAGGCGUUCGACGCGCUGAAGAAGAAGACGGUGGCCAACCCCAACCAGCGGCUGCCCAAGGUGGAGAUCCUGCGCAGCGCCAUCAGCUACAUCGAGAAGCUGCAGGACCUGCUGCAGACGCUGGACCGCGCCGAGGCGGGCGGGGCCGGGGGGGCGCCCGGCGCCAAGGACCACAACGUGGUGAGUGGCAGGUACCAUUGGAAGAAGUCUUCCCAGAAGUUGCAGACCUCUGCAGACCAUUCCAACGCUCCCAUGACCAAUCACAAAGCAGGUAACGAGAUGUCAAGCGCCCCCAGCCUUCUUCAUCUUUCGUCCAUUGUAAACAGCAUCUCACAGGAAGAGAAGAUACAGCUGAACCCGGAGGCCUCAGAACACUGAAACUAUUGGUCAACGCGCCGGUAUAUUCAACCAAUCGUGUCGCUUAAUUUUGAUCCAUUUCCUGGAUUGGAUGAUUAAUGUUGUUGUUUAGUAUUCCCAUUUCACUUAUUCAUUCUAGCUUUUGUUUGUUGUUUCUAUUCAUUUGAGCCGCAUAAGAUAAACAUUACUUUACCAAACAGCUCUUUCAUAGGCGCAAAUUUGAUAUGUAUAUAUUUUUUAACAAUUGAUUUUGAAAUGUCUUUUUUAUAUAAAAAAUCCCUUGAAAUUAAGGAAAUCUUGUACUUCAAUAUUUAUACAUAAAAGACAGAUAAAUAAAAAGAUUUUUCAAGACAAA